AUGCUGAGGCCAGAACCACUGUGGGUGUGCGUGGCUCUGAUGUGGGUCAGAAGCUGCAGUUCCCACAGCCUGUUCACCUGCGAGCCCAUCAAAGAGACUCGCUGCAAAGAGAUGCCCUACAACAUGACUUUCUUUCCCAACAUGAUGGAGCACUAUGAUCAGGACAUUGCAGCCAGUAAAAUGGAGCCCUUUAUGCCCCUGGCAAACCUAAAGUGUUCUCCGGACGUCCACCAUUUCCUGUGCCAAGCCUUUAUUCCAGCGUGCACCGAGGAGAACAAGGUGAUCCGCCCCUGCAGGGAGAAAUGCGAGGCCGUUCUGUCUGACUGCACGGAGGUUAUUCGCAUGUUUGGUGUCACCUGGCCUCCUGAGCUACAAUGUGACAAAUUGGCCUCGUGUGAGUCAGAUGGUUCUGUGAUUUCUUCAACCACACCGUUGACCCGCUCCUCACCUAAGAGAGACCUUGGUUUCUGGUGCCCACUGCAGCUCAAGACCAGUCCAGGCCAUGGCUCAUUGUUCCUGGGUGCCCAGGACUGCGCUCCCCCCUGCUCCAACAUGUACUUCAAACCCCACGACAUUGAAUUUGCCAAGAGCUUCAUUGGCGUGUGUUCCAUCAUCUGUCUGGGCGCCACACUCUUCACUUUUCUCACUUUCCUCAUCGACGUCAAGCGCUUCCGAUACCCAGAGCGUCCGAUCAUCUUCUACGCCGUCUGUUACAGCUUUGUCUCGCUCAUAUACUUCGUUGGUUUCCUGCUGGGGAACCAUGCCGCCUGCAGCAAGGCAUCUCACCCUGCAGGUGUGGACACCGUGGUGCUGGGCUCUCACAGCAAAGGCUGCACUCUGCUCUUUAUGCUCCUCUACUUCUUCACCAUGGCUGGCAUCGUCUGGUGGGUCAUACUCACCAUCACCUGGUUUCUGGCAGCUGGACCCAAGUGGAGCUGUGAGGCCAUUGAGAAAAAAGCGGUUUGGUUCCACACUGCAGCUUGGGGAAUCCCCGGCGCUUUAACGGUCAUGCUGCUGGCCCUGAACAAGGUUGAAGGGGACAACAUCAGCGGCGUUUGCUUUGUGGGGCUCUACGAUCUGGACGCACUGCGGUACUUUGUUCUGGCCCCGCUGUGUGGGGGCGUUGUAGUCGGCCUCUUCCUCAUCUUGGCCGGUAUCGUUUCCCUCAACCACGUCCGGCAGGUGAUCCAGCAUGACGAGCGCAACCAAGAGAAGCUGAAGAAGUUCAUGAUCCGCAUCGGUGUGUUCAGCUGCCUCUACCUGGUCCCGCUGGUCACCCUGUUAGCGUGCUACACGUAUGAACAAAGUCACCGCAGCACCUGGGAGAACACGUGGAUCCAUGACCGCUGUCAGGAGUACAGCAUCCCCUGCUCUUACAAGGCUGCAGAGCUCGACCGUCCUGACCUCUCACUGUUUCUGGUAAAGUACUUGAUGACUCUGGUCGUUGGGAUAUCUGCAGUGUUCUGGGUCAGCAGCAAAAAGACCUGUUCUGAGUGGGCCUACUUCUUCAACAGGACCCACAAAAAAGAUCCCAUCAGCGAGAGCCGCCGGGUGCUCCAGGAGUCCUGCGAGUUCUUCUUGAAGCACAACAGCCGCGUCCAGCACAAGAAGAAGCACUACAAGUCCAGCUCCCACAAGCUCAAAGUCAUCUCCAAGUCUAUGGGCACGAGCACCGGCGUCGAUCCGACCAGUGCCGGCACCAGUCAGGGCAUGUCUGCCGUGGGCUCGCUGUGUGACACCCCAGCCAGAGAGCAUCUGGACCGAGGCACCUCCAGCCGAAGCUCCAGGAGGGGGGAGAGAGAGCGGGAGAGAGAGGGGGGAGAGAGACGCAGCAAAGGGGGGAGCUCCAGUAAAGUCAGCAGCCAAUCAGGGAGCAUCAGCAGAGUACCUGACGGGAGAUUGACACCUAUGAGUGAGCUGUCAGAGGCCAGACAGGUUGGACAGCAGCAGCAUCCAGCUUUAAACCCCUCGCACACCAACAUCGUCCAGGACUCCGCCCAGCAGACGGUGCACCAGGUGUCUGAGGAGGGCAAGGACCCACAGGACUUCUGA